CAGAAGAUACCUCGGAAUCUUCUUUCUUUCUCUCUCCUCUCAUCUCUUCUCUCUUUUUUCUUUUUUCUUCUUUAAUAAUAACUACCCACAACAGCAACACACGUAACCAAACCAAAAAAACAAAAAACACACAAAAAAUUAUUGAAACAGAAUGAGAGCACUGAAUUCGCAUGUUGUGCUUAUUGAUCUUCACUGGAUCAACCACCACGUUCCCACCUCAACGCUCGCUUACCUUAAAAACUCAAACUUCUUUUCAUUUCGUCGUUCGGUGAAAAAGGGUAUUCGCUCUUCCGCCUCGCCGGUGAUUCGACGGCCAUCGGAUCGCUUCUUAUACGGAAAUGGGUCGUCUCAGAACGUUGCAUCGACCUCGACGGAGCUCAAGGUGUUUCUGGAAUUACUACCAUUGAAGAUGAGGAGAGAGUUGUAUCGGCACAAGGAAAUUGGAGGGCUCAUAGAGGUUGUCAUGGAUUUGGGUAGAAAGCCUCUUGCGAGGUUUCCUUCAGGUGAUUGGGUCAUCUCUGAACAACCCAUCAAGCCCGAAGAUUUACACCACGCCAUUUCCAAGGUUGGUGAGUUUUCUGAUGACAACCGAUCCGGUAUUGAUAGCUCUUUACAUCGUAUAAGUGCAAUUAGGAAUCGUAAAAUGCAAAUCAUUGGCCUUACUUGCCGGGUGGGUCGAGCUGUGAGUGGUAGUGCUGAAAUCAUUCAUGAUUUGGUUGAGGAUGGUAGUUCUAUCUUGGUCAUUGGACCUCCCGGAGUGGGUAAAACAACCUUAAUCAGAGAGAUUGCUAGGAUGCUGGCAGAUGAGUUCAGGAAGCGUGUUGUAAUAGUGGAUACAUCCAAUGAAAUUGGAGGUGAUGGAGAUGUUCCUCAUGCAGGCAUAGGCAAAGCAAGGAGGAUGCAAGUUCCGAACGUAAAUAUGCAGCAUAACGUUAUGAUUGAAGCAGUUGAAAAUCAUAUGCCCGAAACCAUUAUUAUUGAUGAAAUAGGAACAGAGCUUGAAGCAUUAGCAGCCAGUACCAUAGCUCAAAGAGGAGUUCAAUUGGUUGGAACAGCACAUGGAAUGACCAUUGAAAACAUAGUAAAAAAUCCUUGUCUUCAGAUCCUCGUUGGUGGCAUAGAGAGCGUAACCCUUGGGGAUGAGGAAGCCAAGAAAAGGAAAGUGCAGAAGACAAUUCUUGAACGGAAAGGACCUCCUACAUUUACAUGCGCUGUUGAGAUGAUAUCUAAAACUGAAUGCCGUGUUCAUCAUAGAUUAGAUGCAACUGUGGAUGCCAUUUUGGCAGGAAAACCUCCAGUAUUUCAAGUCCGUCAAUGGGAUGAUUUCAACAAGGAUUUGGUGAAGUAUGCUCCAAUGCCUGAAAAAGAUCAUGGAGAAAUGCCUGACUUAUCUAACAAUAAUAUCGUGGGUUCUGACAUAGAGUCUGGUGAGGAUGAUAAAGACCAUCCUCCUACUUGGUCCAAGAAAUGGAGUACCAGUGGGUCUGUGAUAACGAGGAGUUCGCCAAUGCAAGUGUAUAUUUACAAGAUUCUGGAAGCUGAUCUCCUACAAGUAGCAAAGGUGAUGGGGCUUGAAGAUGUGAUAGAUGUAACUGAUGACAUUGGAACUGCUGAUGCUGUUCUAGCAUCCAGUUCUGAGAUACGACAGAACCCAUGGAUCCGUGGUGUGGCAAAAUUCCAUCAGUUACCUGUAUUUGUUAUCAAGUCCAAUACCAUGGCACAAAUGGUUAAGGCAGUGCGUAUGAUCGUUGGGCUAGAAUCCUAUGGCCAUACAGCAAAGAAGCCAUUAAAUGACUCUCUGGAUAUUGAAAUUGAGGGUGAUGAACCAAAACGAAAACCAUCUCUGGAAGAGAUUGAUGCCUUGGAGGAGGUUCGGCUUGCAAUAGAGUACAUUGUCAUUCCUGGUGGAGAGCCUGUGGAACUUCUUCCAAGACGUUCUGAAAUUAUUGCCAGGCAGCUUGAACUUGUGCAAAGCUAUCAGUUAGCUGCUGAAAAGUCAGGUACGGAACAGAAUCCAAGGUUGCAGAUUCUUCCCUUGAGGCUAAACACAAAAAAAACCUCUAAAUCAAGUUCUGUUUCCCGUAAGAAAACUAGUCCCACCUCAGUGUCUAGUCAUGGCAUUGGCAGCAAUGGUACCAGUGUCACCAGGCUUCCUUUUUUGCCCGAAUAAUUCAAAAAUUUCUCCUAUUCUUCUAACACAUUUCAAUUCACUGGUUCGUACAUGUAAGUAGUAUGUAUCAUGUACAGUCAUGGAAGUGGUGUAAAUAAUUUAUUUAUAGCUCAAUUUGGGGUGUGACAUUGAUGUCGGAAGUUUGAUCCUCCGCCAAGCUACCCCUUUCUGUACUUAGAUCCUUGCAUCUCCAAUAAAUAUAAAUUCAUUUACAGAAAAUGUAAUGAUUU